UCAGCCCAGAUGACAUUAUCAAUCCUCCUGCAGAAGUGUCUAUUCCAUUCAUGCAACCGUAUACUAUCCGAGUGGGUACAAAACCAGGCAAAGAAGAUAUCAGUGUAAUUUGGAGAAAAGUUGGACCACUUCCUGAAACAGUAGUUACAGAAAAGAAACCUGCUGGUGAAGAAGAAGAAAAAGUAGAACCAAAAGAGAUUGAUAUCAGCCUACCUGAAGGUGUUACACCAGGUAAAACAAAUCUUAAUAUUUGGGCUGCUGCUGAACAACAUGAAGGUGUUUAUGAAGGGACUGUUGUCCGUGAUCGUGAUGGUGUAGAAGUGAAACGUGUUCAGACAAUUAUACGUCUUGCUGAAGCCGCUGAGACUAUUGAAGAUGAUACUGAUGGGGAUGAUGUUGAUGAAGAAGGAAAAGAACUUCAAACAUGGGAUUUUAUAGUUAGUGGUUUUACACCUGAUGCUCAACACUGUGAACAUCCUACUUGGACAGUGGUUGAUUAUCAAAUAAAUAAGACUGUUGAUAUAACAGAUAAAG